UUGAACCCCACUUGGUUUAAAUUGUAAUCCAUGCCAUUACCCACUUCUCACUCAAUUUUUCUCGCCUACAAUGCCAUCAACCUCCAUGCAAUACACACUCAAGUUAAUUUAUUUAAGACAUCCCACUUCUCCCCGUCGACUACAAGGUAGUUUGUAUACUUCGCUCAAAUAUUCUAUAGCUAGUGGAUUCAAAUAUAAUUUGUAUGUGGUCGAGAAAACAUGCAAUGCUGAGCUUAUUGACUUUGUUCAUUAGCUUGGUGCUGAUCCAAUAUUCCUUCUAUUGAUCCAUUUUGCAUUAGAUUUAGCUGAUCGUCUGUCUCUGAAACUCAGAUCGCUUCAACAAGAAAAGAAUUUUCCUUUUUUUUUUUUUUCAGCUCUUGUUCCGAGCUUGUUCUCUUCGUCGAGGAAGAAUUAACGAUGCAAGUUCUGCAGAAAUUGGUUUCUUUCGGCACCAUUCUGGUUCUACCAUCUCUUAGUUCUUCUCUAGAGCAAGCGAAUACCACAGCCAAUGGCACGAUCGACAAUGGCAUCAUUAAUCAGUUGAGUCCUAAACUGCUAUUUGAGAUUACGGUCCAUGGGUUCCUCCUCUGGGCCUCAAUGGGGCUCUUGAUACCUGUUGGGAUACUCAUUAUCAGAAUGUCCAACAGAAUCGAAUCUGGAAGAAGACACAGAAUUAUUUUCUAUGCUCAUGCAAUUUCACAGGCAAUUUUAUUAUGCAUUCAACUGCAGACACUUGCUGUACUUGUAGCCACCGCAGGGGCGGUGCUCUCCUUCAGAAAUUUCAACAACUCCUUCAGCAAUCAUCAUCAGAAGUUAGGGGUAGCGUUAUACGGUAUCAUAUGGUUGCAGGCCCUGAUGGGGUUCUUUCGCCCACAAAGGGGAUCUAAAGGAAGAAGUUUGUGGUUUUUGGCACAUUGGUUGGUGGGAACCGUUGUGUCGCUACUGGGAAUAAUCAACAUGUAUACUGGAUUGCAAGCUUUCCAUGAAAAGACAUCUAGAAGCGUACGCCUUUGGACUAUAAUGUUCACAACUCAGAUCUCUUUAAUUGCUUUCUUCUAUUUUUUUCAAGACAAAUGGGCAUAUAUACAAAAGCAAGGAGUGAUUUUGGGUAAUGAACUGUCUAGGCCCACUGAUAAAAGAGCCUUCAACCAGAGGCAAGUAGAAAGAAUCGACCAUGAAACCUGAUGAAGUAACUCAUUUCAACUAACAUGGGAUUCUCUUCAGUUUAUUGUA